AUGGAGAAGCACAACGACUUGGAAAAGGCUCGCGCCGUAGAGGCAGACAUCGCUAUGAGCAAGCCGACUGUACCAAAGUCAACGUGCUCUCGAGCUUCACGAUCAGCAUUGAUGCUCUCGUCAUUACUUUUGGUAUUCACUUGGCUCUCAUACCCAAUCUACGAGAAUGGUAGCCACCACGGAUCCUCAACCCCCAACUCCAAAGGUCCUUCAUGCCAGCAGGUAGAUGCACUCUGGCCGACGAGCAACGAUGCAUUGAAGGACUCCUUCGAUUACCUCUCCACACCCGCCUUUGAAAAGGAUUCCAUCGCUCGCCUCUCAGGCGCCGUUCAGAUCCCCACCGAAUCAUACGACGAUCUCGGAGAGAUUGGCGAGGACAAGAGAUGGGAAGUCUUCUACCCCUUCCACGAUUACCUCAAGGCAACAUUCCCUAGAGUCCACGAGGAGCUGAAGUUGGAAAAGGUCAACACUCAUGGACUGCUGUACACAUGGGAUGGGUCCGAUGAAAAGAGCAAGCCGGUCGUGUUGAUGGCACACCAAGAUGUCGUUCCUGUGGACAAGAACACUGUUGAUUCAUGGACACACCCUCCGUAUAGUGGGCAUUUCGACGGUACCAACAUUUGGGGCCGUGGUGCUGGUGAUUGUAAGAAUCAGUUGAUUGGUAUUCUGGAGACUGUAGAGGUGUUGCUGAGUGCAGGCCACAAGCCCAAGCGCACCGUCGUCUUGUCCUUUGGCUUUGAUGAGGAGAUCAGCGGUCGGCAUGGUGCUGGGCAUCUGGCCAAGUUCCUCCACGAGCGUUACGGUGAUGAUGGUGUUGCGGCUGUUGUGGAUGAAGGGAGGGGCUAUACCGAGUUCUUUGGACGAGGAUAUGCCGUGCCUGGCGUGGCRGAGAAGGGCUACACAGAUGUCGACAUCAGAGUCCGCACGUCCGGUGGCCACUCUUCCAUCCCCAAAGAUCACACCAGUAUUGGUAUCCUCGCUGAGAUCAUCACCAAGAUCGAAGCGGUCCAAUACCCAUCUUAUCUUUCCGAGAAGAACCCAUAUCUUACAUUCCUCCAAUGCGGAGCCGAGUACGCACCCGACUUCCCCAAGAAGCUCAAGAAGCUUCUCCACAAGCACGAUUCCAAGAAGACAUGCCCGGCGCAAUCCGAUCCUCUCGCCAUCGAAGCCGCCAAGCUAGGCGCCGAAGUGAAGUAUCUGAUGCRAACCUCCCAAGCAGUAGAUGUCAUCAAAGGCGGCACCAAAGUGAACGCCAUGCCUGAGACUGCUGUCGCAACAGUCAACCACCGCAUCAACAUCGGCGACAAACCCGAGAACGUAUACGCUCACAUCGCCCACCUCCUCAAACCAGUCGCACAAAAGUACAACCUCUCCCUACACGCUUUUGACGGAGAAGAUGCAGCUUACAAUGCCAUUUCCCUCUCCUCCUCCCCCAAUACCCUGCAAGUCGCACCUGUGACCCCCACAAACGUCGACGCCGUGACGCCCUAUGCCGUCCUCUCCGGCACGAUCCGUGCGUUGUAUGGAGAAGACACUWUUGUUGCUCCGGCUUUGAUGACGGGCAACACGGACACGAGAUAUUACUGGGCUUUGACGAAGCAUAUCUUCCGCUUUGGACCUGGAUAUGUUAAAGAGGACGACUUUUCGUUGGGGAGCAUUCAUACUGUGAAUGAGAAGGUUAGUGCUAGUAACCAUUUCAAGGUUGUUAAGUGGUUCACGCUGUUUUUGAGGAAUAUGGAUGAGGCCGAGUUGGAGUAG